AUGUGGUGCCUGAUCUGGUCCUGCAUCCUUCUAUUAACAACAAUUGCUGACCUUACUAUUGAGGGUAAAAGCACCCCAUUUCCAAAGUUUACUAAAGUAAAAGCUAUUGAGAUGAAAACCACCAAGAACCCAGAUGCUUCUGAUGCAGCCCCCACAGAAGACAGCCUCCUCACUGAAAUACCUGAAAAGAACGAUGUCACAACAGAAUUGUCUACGCCACACUAUGCCUCCAGAACAGCCAUCACACUCUUCCCAUUUGAAAACUUUACUCUGGACUCUUCGGACUUCUUUUUUAACUGCUGUGAUUGUUGUGUUUUAACUCCAGGGGAGAAAGGGGAACCUGGAGAAACAGGAUUGCCAGGACUUAAAGGAGAAGUAGGAGAAAAAGGCCGUCCUGGUCUACCAGGAACUCCUGGAUUGCCAGGAUCAAAAGGAUUCAAAGGAAACAAAGGAGAUAAAGGAGAACAUGGUGAUCAAGGAGCAAAUGGACUCCCAGGAUAUCCAGGCAGACCUGGAGAACCAGGUGAAGUUGGAUUUAAAGGAGAUAAAGGAAACCAUGGUCUUCCUGGAGUCAAAGGUCAAAAGGGCUCCAAGGGAGAAAAUUGUGAGAAUGGCACCAAAGGAGAGAAGGGAGACACGGGGGAACUGGGGUUACCAGGUGUUGAUGGAGAAAAUGGGGAAAAAGGAGAAAAGGGGGACAUUGGUGAAAAAGGCUAUUUGGGGGAUCCAGGGGAAAAAGGAGAAAGAGGAGAGAAGGGUGAUGUUGGGCCAAAAGGAGAAAAGGGCAUUAAAGGAGACAUAGGAGUGGAAGGUGGGCACGGGGAGGAUGGACAAAAGGGAGAAAAGGGGGAACUUGGAAUUAGGGGUGACAAAGGAGACCAAGGUCCAAUUGGGUUGAUGGGGCCUCCAGGGGUGAAAGGAAGUCUCGGUUUCAAAGGAAUCAGAGGGGCUCCUGGUAAAAAAGGUUCAAGAGGUCCAAAAGGUCCAAAAGGUGAGACUCCAACCCUCCCCAGAUCAGCAUUUAGUGUUGGUCUAUCCAAACCUUUCCCACCCCCAAACCUGCCUAUUAAGUUUGAUAAGAUACUGUACAACAACCAGGAACAUUAUAAUCCAUUGACAGGGAAAUUUAAUUGCAGCAUUGCUGGGGCUUAUGUCUUCUCCUAUCAUAUGACAAUACGCGGACGUCCUGCCCGCAUCAGUAUAGUCUGUCAGAACAAGAAGAUGAUCAGAAGUCGGGAGACGCUCUAUGGCCAGGAGAUAGACCAGGCUUCCUUCCUUACCAUUCUGAAGUUAAAUGCAGGGGACCAAGUGUGGCUAGAAGUCACAAGGGAUUGGAACGGGGUUUAUGUUAGUGCUGAAGAUGACAGCAUAUUUUCAGGCUUCCUCUUAUAUCCUGAUGAAAUAUUUGACACUCUGCUAUAA